GUAAACCUUAAGAAUGAAAGAAGCCUCAAGCUUCAAGCCUGAGACACAACACAAUCAUAGUCAAAUAUUCAAGAGCUCUCAUUACAGGCAGGCACGCAAGUUUAAUCCUGAGACUAGGUCCGUUUGAAAUUAAAAGCUUCUCAAUUUACACCAAAUCGACUUUUGUAAUUUAUUUUGUCCAAAUCUCGUUUUGUUCUUCUCUUCCUACCAAACUCUCUCUUCAUUUUAAAUCAGGACAGCGACUCCACAGACAACGCUCAACACUUUAGCUGAAGAGGGAGAAAACGGUAACAAAUAGAGAAGUUGAAGCUUCACCAUUCUCAAUCCUUCGUCUACCAACGAAGUCAUAAGAAAGGGAGACUAGAUCGGAAAGUGGAGACUCGUUUGAUUUCGCCUGAUGAGUAAGAAUUCCAGCUUGUGGUAGGCGCCAAGGUGACCACUGAACAAAAGCUGACCUCUCUAGCAACCUUCAGUGGGAGCAACCGGUGGAGGAGGCAACGACGGCGUUGACGAUCGAGUGAAUUGCCACUAUGCAGCGAAUUCCUGUGACAGUUGAGGAACAGCUUAUUUUAAAAGCAAUAAAAGAGGAAUGCCCAUGGGAGAAUCUCUCCAAGAGGCUUCAAGCAACUCUCACUUCUAAAGAAGAAUGGCACAGAAGAAUAGUUGAACACUGUAUAAAGAAAAGACAACAAUGGAACACCUCUUUUGCUCGCAAAGUGUGCAGAGAAGGUGAAUAUUAUGAAGACAUGAUGCGCUACUUGAGAAAGAAUCUAGCGCUGUUCCCUUAUCACCUUGCUGAGUACGUUUGCCGAGUGAUGAGGGUAUCACCUUUUAGAUAUUACUGUGACAUGAUAUUCGAGGUCAUGAAAAAUGAGCAACCAUAUGAUAGCAUCCCGAAUUUUAGUGCUGCAGAUGCCUUACGGCUUACUGGAAUUGGGAGAAAUGAAUUUAUCGAUAUCAUGAACAAGUGCAGAUCUAAGAAAAUUAUGUGGAAGCUAAACAAGUCCAUUGCAAAAGAACUUUUACCUACACAACCUGUGGACUUUGCAAUUGAACCAUGGUGGGGAGUCUGUCUUGUCAACUUUACCUUGGAAGAAUUUAAGAAACUCUCAGAAGAAGAGAUGGCAACAAUUGAUAAAGUUUGUAAGGAGGAAAAUAAUGCAUAUAUCCUAUUUGAUCCUGACAUUAUAAAAGGUCUGUAUCGACGAGGAUUAAUCUACUUUGAUGUCCCUGUCUACCCCGAUGACCGUUUUAAAGUUUCCAGGCUUGAAGGGUUUGUUUCAAAUAGGGAUCAGUCUUAUGAGGAUCCUAUCGAGGAGUUGCUCUAUGCAGUUUUUGUUGUUUCAAGUGAGAAUGCUACUGUUGCUGAACUGGCAACAACUUUGCAGGCUGACCUUUCUCAAUUGCAGGCUGCUGCAUCCUUUGCUUGUCGACUUGGGUGGGCUGUAAAAUUGAUUGAUCCAGGAUCCAUUCUUCAAGAUACAAGUAUACCUGGCUCUCCUAAAAUCGCUCUAAGCGAUGAAGAAGAUGCUGCUUAUGCUAGUAUAAGCUCAAAUGUGUUCAAUGAUGGCGAUGUUGCUCAGCAAGAAGAUAUUUCAGGAAUUGAAAACUAUGGGCUGCAUUCCGGCCAUGCUCGUGUUGCUUUUAUUGUUGAUGCUAAUAUAACUUCAUAUCUUAUGAUGGGAUCAGUUUCACCAGGCCUGAAAUCUCAUGCUGUAACACUAUAUGAGGCUGGGAAAUUGGGUCAUGCUAGCAUUGCUGAUCUUUGCAGGGAUCUGAGUACUUUAGAGGGGACAAAAUUUGAAGGAGAAUUGCAAGAAUUUGCAAAUCAUGCCUUUAGCCUUCGUUGUGUCUUAGAAUGUCUGCUAUCAGGUGGAAUUCCUACUGUGGGUACUUUGGCUUCAAGCAAUGAAGAGGCCACUAAUUUGAUAGCUGAUAUUUCAUUGACUGACAAAUUAGGAUCUGGUGCCAAUGAAGCAGAAGCAGACAUUGAUCGUUCCACUAAUUCAGGAAUGCAUCAGGAUGAUACUCAUCUGGCUGAAUAUGUUACUGGUAGUUCUGCUGCUGAAACAUCUAAUGUCUUAUCUGAAGACAGUAAUUACAUAAGUGAAGUCUCUAAGUCAGUCCAGAAUGAUGAGAAACUCAAUCCUGUUGAAGGGUCUGAUGUUGGAAGAGAAACUUUAAGGAGGAAAAGGAAAUAUCGUGUGGAUAUUCUUCGCUGUGAAAGCUUGGCUGCUUUAGCACCAGAGACUUUAGAUAGGCUAUUUCUUCGUGAUUAUGAUAUUGUUGUAUCUAUAAUUCCUCUUCCUCCUUCAUCAGUCCUUCCUGGACCAAAAGGUCCCAUCCACUUUGGUCCUCCUUGUCAUUCAUCUUUGACACCAUGGACGAAAUUGGUGCUAUAUUCAAGUGUAGGUAGUGGGCCUUUGUCAGUUGUUCUGAUGAAAGGACAAGGUUUACGCAUGCUUCCUGCACCUUUGGCUGGUUGUGAAAAAGCCCUUAUAUGGUCUUGGGAUGGUUCUACAAUUGGAGGGUUGGGAGGCAAAUUUGAAGGGAGUUUGGUCAAGGGAGGUGUACUAUUACAUUGUUUAAAUUCACUUCUUAAAUACUCAGCUGUCCUAGUGCAGCCUCUCAGUAGGUAUGACCUUGAUGAAUCCGGAAGAAUCGUUACUAUGGAUAUACCAUUGCCCCUCAACAACUCUGAUGGUUCAAUUGCUUGCAUGGAGAAUGAAUUGGUUUUAUCUGAAGCUGAGAGAUUGAAAUUGAAUUCCCUGUUAACUCAGUUGACAAAGAAGUUGGGAUUGUCUACAAUUGGUUAUGUUCGCAUGUUGAAGCUUUUUAAUGAAAGAGAGUCGGACUACUUUGCACCUGAUGAUCAGAAUUAUGAAUGGGUACCACUAAGUGUGGAAUUUGGGAUGCCCCUUUUUAGUCCAAAAUUAUGUAAUGCUAUAUGUAAAAGGGUUGUAUCAUCAGAGUUGCUUCAGUCAGAUUCUUUUACUGGGCAUCAUGAUGCAAUGCAAGGUCUGCGGAAGAGGUUGCGUGAUAUUUGUGCAGAGUACCAAGCAACAGGUCCUGCUGCUAAACUUCUUUACCAGAAAGAGCAGUUUAAGGACUCAUCUCGACAUCUUAUGAACUAUGCUAGUGGAAGAUGGAAUCCCCUGGUGGACCCUUCUUCUCCCAUUUCAGGAGCCAUGAGUGAGCAUCAGAGAUUAAAACUUGCUAAUCGGUUUCGUUCUCGUACUGAAGUUCUGAGUUUUGAUGGUAGCAUUCUGAGGUCGUAUGCUCUAACUCCAGUUUAUGAGGCUGCUACAGGGCCUAUUGAAGAAACCUCAUUGGUGAAUCCAAUAAAAGCUGAUUCUGAUGAAGCUGAUAGCAAAGAAGUUAUUCUUCCAGGUGUUAAUCUUAUUUUUGAUGGUUCGGAACUGCUUCCUUUCGAUAUAGGUGCUUGCCUGCAGGCCCGGCAACCAAUUUCCUUGAUUUCAGAGGCUGCAGCAGCAUCAGCUGCAAUUAAAUAGAUCUCUUUCUGCAACUAUCCUGCUUGAGUUGGAAAGAUAGAAGACUGUCUGCAUAGAACAAAUGGAAGUUGUGAAACAUUGGAUCCCUCAUACCAGCGUUAUUGUGAUUGUUUGGUUCACCUGUUGCUUCUUUGAGAUUGCUUAUUGCACAGGCUUGGGCUUAUCUGAGGUGGUAUUAUUGAAGGCUUUGGCUGAAGCUCGUAUGCAAAAAAGUGAAAAGAAAAGAAUGAUUGUUUUUGUGAAUAUAUGAAGCAUUAAAUGCUUGAAAGAUUGGCUGGCUCUGACCCUACUGCUAACCAAUAAUAGGAAGAGUAGAACACAUUUUAUUUCCCUGAAAGUCUAAUUAUGAAGUAAACCUGCACAUAAAUUUGUGGUUUGAUAAUUUAUUGUAGCAUGCAUGUAGAAGGGGGGAAUUUUCAGUGUGAAGCAGUGAAAAAAUUUUUUACCUAUCGCAAAAGAAUUGUUCUUUAUUGCAAUUUUUGCUAGUGCAGCUUGUUUUCCAUUUUGUUUGAGGAGCUGAUGCUUUGGGAAACUGGAUGACUGAGCUUUUUUGCUUUUAAAUAAGCUUGUGGUGUGUAAGGAUUGUGAAGUGGUCGAAAUCGAUGAAAUUUUUUGAUGAGGAUGCCAAUUGAAC